AUGACUGGCAUCUAUCUGGGCAUUGUCGGUGUUGGUGGAGUUGGUGCAGCAUUGCUGGAGCAACUUGCAAGACUUCCCAAUGCACCUCAGCUCGUCCUACUUUCCCGCUCGUUCAAGACCCUGCUAGCGCCAACUCCAUCAUACUCGCCACGAAUCCCAUUUGUGGAUUGGGAAACUGCUGCCGCGACGCCCUCGAUUGAAACAGUCGAUGCGUUACAACCAGAAGAGAUAGCGAGCUAUCUUUCUUCAGUCCCGGGCCGUGCUAUUCUGAUUGAUAAUACCUCCAACCUGGUCUUGGCACGGGCAUAUCCCGUAUUCCUGAAACAAGGCAUAUCCAUCGUAACUCCCAACAAAAAGGGAUUCUCAGGAGACAUUUCACUAUGGAAUGAUAUUUUUGCUUCUGCCUCACAGGGAAAUGCUUUGGUAUACCAUCAAGCAACGGUUGGAGGGAGUUUACCAGUUCUAUCAACGCUUCGCGAUCUGAUCGCUACGGGCGAUGAAGUCGUGAAAAUCGAAGGCGUCCUUUCUGGAACGCUGUCACUUCUCUUUGACACCUAUAUGCCAGCUAUCGGAACAGCAAAUACCACCUGGAGCUCACUCGUCACACAUGCCCUGGAAUUAGGAUUUAUGGAACCCGAUCCACGAGACGACUUGAAUGGAAUGGAUUUUGCUCGAAAGCUCACCAUCCUCGCUCGGGUCGCGGGUCUUGAAGUGGCUGGACCGAAUUCCUUCCCGGUUGAGUCGCUAAUUCCUGCUGAGUUGGAAUCACUCCCGUCAUCGGCGGAGGGGAUCUCUCAGUUCAUGAAUAAGUUACCACAGUUCGAUGAGCCCAUGGCAGCGGCCAAAAAAGAAGCUGCAAGAGCAGGAAAAGUACUGCGGUAUAUUGGCAGUAUCGAUGUAUCCAGUCAGCAAAUUAUGGUUGGCCUACAACACCUUGAAAGAGAUAACCCGAUCGCAAAUCUCAAGGGAAGUCAAAUCGUCAGUAUCUAUACCAAGCGGUAUGGAGCCAAUCCCCUGGUCUUGAAGGGGGGAGGUGGCGGGGGUGAAAUCACCGCGAUGUGUGUGAUGGCCGAUCUGCUCAAGGUGAUUGAAAGGUUGAAUUAG